AUGGCUCUUGCAUAUAUCAAAACUGCCAGUAGAAUUUAUUCUACUAAACUCACAAUAACUAAGAUGAAAACUCUUAAGGAAGCUGCUAGUCUAUUUGUGAUCCAUUAUACUUUGCUGAUUUACCAACAAAUACAUGCCAAAAAUAGGUCAAAUGCUCGUCAAUUUACUCAACUCAACCAAAUUUUUUAAACAACGGCAUUCCAACAGAUUUUUUUACAUAUCAAAAAUCCUAUUAUGUAUCUCUGUAAUAAGGAUAUCUCUCUAUCUAUAAUAAAAGUAAGUUAGAUUUGGUAAAAAAUCUUAGCUACUAAACAGAUGAUUUAAGAAUUUAAAACAUAGGAGAUUUAGUAGUGA